AUGUCAGAUCGUGAUAUUGCUGCAACCUUUCGUCAGAAGGUGGUCUUUAUGAAAUCAUGGAAACCGGCCAGCAUGCCAUCGAACCGCGAUCGUUUGGAGCUCUACGCCCUUCACAAGCAGUCCGUCUCGUCGGAUGCUCCUUCCAGCUUUCCCAAUUCUGCCAGCGCUGCGGAAAAGGCCAAAUACAAUGCCUGGCGGACCAAAUCGGGUCUUUCCGCCACGGAAGCCAUGAAAUUGUACCUGCAAGAAAGUGAUCGACAAAUUCGGGUGUACGGAUCCUCCAGCAACAACAAUAAUAAUAAUAUUAAGCAAGCAACCAAUGGGCCUUCGGCCAUUCGAUCCUCCUCGGCCUCCAUUGCCAGCGAGGAUUCCACCGUGUCGACGCCUCGAGGGAUUGCCGCCAUUCCGCUCUUGUGUGCGGCUGCCAACGAAUCCCGAACGGCCUAUUUGCGAAGGAUUUCGCAAACCCCGUCCGACGCUGCCUGGUGGGCCCGCCAAGAAGCCCUGUGCGGAGAAAAUCCCUCCAGCGUGUUUGCCUUUCCUGAAUCCUUGGUCAUUUUUUUGGCCAAACAAGUCGAGGCUCUGAGUUUGGCCUCUGGAAAUAAUGUGAUCCGAGCAUUCCUUUGGCCUCUGCACAAUUCGCUACUGAGUUUGUGGAUCAUGGCGAUUGCCAGUAUUACCUUGUUUGAUGGCGUACUCAAAAUAUUGAAAGUCUUGGUCUGGGGGGCCCGUCGGACGGGAAUCUCGCUCUCGUUGAUUUGGAAGGACUUGAAUUUGUUGGUGUCUAGUGUUCACGCGGCGUGCGAACCACAGCAGGCCAUUACCUGUCGAUUGGUAGGAUUGGGAUUGUUGCCGGCUACCUACACGGUAUCCCUGUUGGAUAAGGGAUUUCCCAGUGUCACCUUGGCCAGCGUCGGUCUAGUGGCAUUGCUGACCAUGAAUCUUUGGUAUUUUGUAUUUUUGCUGCCAUGGGCAGGUUUUUGGAUGCUUUGGUUCUCGGUCCUUGCCGGAUUCUCAUUUGCAGUAAUUGAAUUUGCGGGUGCGUAA